CACUGUAUAUAAAGCCAGUGAUGCAACCCCGAGCGGUGUUCCGCAAGUUUUCGAAAAGCUGGAGCGACUCGACUGCUGGACACAGGGACCCCGCCGCCGCUUCUUCCGCAGCUGAGAGCAGCCUCCGUUCUGGGGCAGGGCGUUAGCCAGUACCAUGAUGCUUCAACACAUAGGACAAUCAUCAGCAUCAGAUGUCAGUACAGCAGCAGUAGUUCCUUGUAUUUCGCCUUCAAUGUCUUUGGUAUUUGAUGAGUUUACAAACAUUACCCCUUUGGUCAAAGAAGAGCUGCGAUUUGCUAUUCAAAGCAAACGGAUAUCAAAUGGAGCCUCAAGUAUGGAUUAUUUAACAGCAACUGAGAGCUCAAAUGAAGCCGUAGAAAGAAAGGUGACGCCACAAGAAGAUGAACGAAGAAGGCGGAGAAGGGAAAGAAAUAAAAUAGCAGCAGCUAAAUGUCGAAAUAAGAAGAAGGAAAGGACGGACAUAUUACAAAAAGAGUCAGAAAAACUGGAAUCUCUGAAUGCAGAAUUAAAAGCACAAAUAGAAGAAUUGAAAAACGAGAAACAGCAGCUGAUUUACAUGCUGAACCUGCAUAGGCCAACAUGUAUAGUCCGGGCUCAGAAUGGGAGGACUCCAGAAGAUGAGAAAAAUCUUUUCAUCCAACAGAUCAAAGAAGGAACACUACAGAAUUAAGUCAUAAAGGAAAUGAAUCUUGGAUCCACAGAGUCCGUCUCCUUGGAGGCACCAAGAACAGAAGUAGCUCCAUGUUAGUAUGUUACUAACUUUGUUAGGGAAAGACUGUUCAUUUUGUCAGAAGAGUUUGCACUUUCAGCAUAAUGGAUAUCUUCUGUUUCACCUUUUGACUGUCAUACCUGGAAAAGUGCUGCAUUACAAAUUGCAUGCAAACAGGAGAAAAUGUAUAUUUACUCUCUGCCUUAACAUUAGGCUGCACACAAUUAUUUUUUAUUAUUGACGCAGGCGUCGUGCCUUUUUUUGUCUUUAAUUGCUCUUGACCUGUUGAUGUACCAGCAUGCCAGCCGUGUUUAUGGUAGUUACUUUGGGUCAGUGUGACACACUUACAUCUUGGAAGCUUUUAUUCAGCUCUGUAGCAUUUAUGCCAGUUGUCUAGGAUGUUAUUGCAAGCGUGUUACAUGAGUUUCAGAAAGGAAAGCAAAGUUACCCCAAAAUCUAAGCAUGUAUAUUCAAGUACUCAAGAGAUUUUAUUGGAGUGCUCUAACUUUUUUCUACACUGUGAUAGUUGAAGUGUGCAUUUGAUACAUUUAGUAAUAAAAACAUUGUCGUAACAUUUAGUUUGGU